AUAGUAUAAUAUAACUAUCUUUUUAAUUUUUGCAACGGAUCCAUUUCUCAAUUGUUUGACCUGUUCCUUGAAUCCCGCUCAACGCUUUUAUAUAGCCCCCCUCUCUGCAGUAUUUGUUUGGUUACAUUCUUUUAUUCAUCUCAUCUACUUACCCCUGACACAAUGUAUAAAAAUGGUCAAGGCUAGUAUGGUAUAACUGGUGAUUGGAAUUUUGCAAACAGUAGAAUGAUGAGUCACCUGUCAUUUUAAUGUACAGAAGCUGUACAAUGUGAUUUAGUUUGUUUUUAAGUAUAUUAUAUAUUCUGAGAGAGUAGUAAAGACUGUCAUAUUUAUGUAUCUUUCUCUUUCAGUACAUAAUAUUCCGGUGUGGGAUCGGCAUUGAUAAGACAACUGAUUAUUUUUUCAUGGAGAAAGUGGAUGUGAUCAUUUCACGUUUCUGGUCAUGGAUUUUGAGAAAGACCAGAUUAGAGAAUGUUCUUUCGAGAAGAUCAAGUUCACGGCUUAAGAAGGAUCCAAAAAAAGACGAUGGAAUUGUCUCUGAAGCAGAAUCUGAUGACUUAUACGUUGAGCGUGUCCGUCUUGAGAAUAUGGACCUAAGGUUUUCUGAAACAGUCUGUUUUUACGGAACUUGUUGAGUAAUUAAACUUACAAUUCAAGAACCCACUUUUGAUAGGAUCAUUGUUGUCUACAGGCGAGCAAGUUCUAAAAUAAAAUCAGAGCGAGGCAUAUAUGUGAAGCAUUUCAAAAACAUUCCAUGGCCGAUAUGGAAAUUGUCCUGCCAGAGAAAAAGAAUCCAGGUUUAACUCCAAUGGAUUGGGUUAAAUUUCUUAUAUCUGCAGUUGUAGGACUGGUCGCUGUUGUUGGAUCUGUUGAAAUGCCCAAAGCUGACCUGUGGGUGAUUUUUGCUAUUCUUUCCACAGUGAUUGGUUAUUGUGCUAGAUUUACUUCACAACAUGCUCACAAUACUUGUAUUAGUAAUGAUCUGAUGCUGAUUGUGGACUUUCUGAGGUUUCAACAGAAUAUGGCUACUUAUCAGAACCUAAUAACUCAAUCUAUGUAUGACAAGCAGUUGGAUAGUGGAAGGGGCACUCUUCUCCACUUGUGUGAUGACGUAAUUCAGCAAGAAGUGAAAGAGGUCAUAAUUUCAUUUUUCAUAUUGAUGGAAAACGGGAAAGCCACUUUGGAGGAUCUUGAUCAGCAAUGUGAGGAAUUAAUACGAGAUGAGUUUGGUGAACGCUGUAAUUUUGAUGUUGAUGAUGCGGUUCACAAAUUGGAGAAAUUGGGCAUAGUUUGUCGCGAUACAAUUGGAAGGUAUUACAGCGUUGGGCUAAAGAGGGCGAAUGAGAUCAUCGGCACAACCACCGAAGAACUUGUACUGAAAGCUAAACAAGGAUCUGCUUUUGCUUGAAAUAUAGUAUUAUGACUAUGAGCAGCCUUUGAAUUUCAGGUCCUUUGUUUUGCUUCCAAUGGCGUAAAACCUGAAAAUUUAAGAGUGCGAUAGUUUCUAGUUUUAGUAGUUGAUUGAAGAUGUCCAUUUUAGUUGUCUUGCAGAUGUUGGAUGCGGCGUGGUUGUAAUUCGGUUAAACUGAAUGCACCAUCACUAGUUAUUUUUAUUUAUUUUAUUCUGUUCAAUUUUUAGUCAUGUAUUCUUUCAUUAUUAGGUGCGCUAUCUUGUACUAAAUUGCAUGCUUUCUAGUUUCUACCACAUCCACUGAUCCACACG